CAGCAGCAGUCAUGUCAUAUGGAACACAAGAGCAAAAGAAGAGGGCCGAUGUGACUAAUUGAUUGCCAGAGCCUGCUGUGUGUGUGCUGCGGUCGAAUCCAAAGUUUGAGCUUUUCACGUUUCGAAGGGCGCGUACAUCUGUUCGUAAGGGAACUUGCCAGUCCCUUAGCUCGUAACUUUUCCCCGCAAUUUCCUUCCCCCCACGAGGGUCGAGAAGAGGAUUUUUGGACCUGUGACUGCCUGUCGGGAAGAGAAAAACGUGAUUUUCACGCCCGAGUGUGUUCUCCGUGUGUCUCUCUCUCUCUCUUUGUGUGUGGUGAAAAGUCGUCGGGAAAAGUCGAACGCAAAGAUGUCCGCUAUCGAGCUGCUGAAGGAAAUACUCAAGGUCUCGGAGAAGGCGGCCAACAUCGCACGGGUUUGCCGCGCCGAUGACCACCUGUUUAAGCUGCUGGUGCAGGAAAAGGCGCCCGAGGAGUCCAACAGCCGCUUCGAGCACGACUUCAAAACGCUCGCCGACUGCCUCAUCCAGGAGGCCGUGAAAUACGACAUUGGAAAAAGGUUUCCGGCCCUUCGGGACAACAUCCGGGGCGAGGAGAAUCCCAAGUUUACGAACGCGGCCGGAGAGUCGACGGUGGUGACCGUGACCGAGGACCGGAACGAAACCGUGGAAAACAUUGCCAAGGUGUUGAACGAUGACAAGGUGGCGGCGGAGCGGCUCGUUGAGGAAGUGUACCGGGAAAUCGAGCUCGACUGGGAGCAGUGGCAGGUUCCGAUCGGGGAAGCGGCCACGCUGGACCAGGAGAUCGACCAGCUGGGCAUCUGGAUUGAUCCGAUCGAUGCGACGGCGGAGUACGUGCGGGCGCAGGAUAAGGUUAGCUACUUUUUUUGAAUGUCAAAAUUUUAA